GCUCGGCUAUCCGCAUCAAUUGUUGCCGGAAUCCAGAACUCCUCGAAGAGAUUCAAAGUCCAUCGCCGUUGUUGUGGUUGUAUACACGAUGCAGCUCUUGUCGCUUCUUGUUUUGCUGGGCACCUGCGGCCCGUCCUUGGCUGCGCCGUUGACUGUCGAUGACCAGCAGCCGCUAGCCGGGAGCAGAGAGCAUCGCGCAUCGCACCGGAAGCCUUAUACCCCGGAUCAUCGUGAUCCUUAUGACAAGAAGAUCGAUUCGACGGGAGAUAAACUUCAACCUUUGCCAUGGAGAAAUGGCAAAGGUGCCAGUGUCCUAGGCCCGAGGAACAAACCUCGUGAACGCCAAAACCCAGACAUCAUCCGCCCACCCACCACCGACCAUGGAACCAUGGACAACAUGCGCUGGUCCUUCUCGGACUCGCACAUUCGCAUCGAAGAAGGCGGAUGGACACGCGAAACCACAAUCCGCGAGCUCCCCACCAGCAAAGAGCUAGCCGGCGUCAACAUGCGCCUCGAAGAAGGCGUGAUCCGCGAACUCCACUGGCACAAGGAAGCCGAAUGGGCCUACGUCCUCGAAGGAUCCGUUCGCAUCACCGCUCUCGACACCGAAGGCGGCAGCUUCGUCGACGACCUCAACAAAGGCGACCUCUGGUACUUCCCCUCAGGCCACCCUCACUCUCUCCAAGGCCUCAGCCCAAACGGCACCGAAUUCCUCCUCAUCUUCGACGACGGCCACUUCUCCGAAGACUCGACCUUCCUCCUCACAGACUGGAUCGCACACACGCCCAAAUCCGUGCUGGCAGAAAACUUCCGCAUCGCCCCAGAAGUCUGGGACGCGACGCCGCAAUCCGAAAAAUACAUCUUCAAAGGCCGCGAGCCGCAUGCCAUCGACGACGAAGUCCCCAGCGACAGCAAAGGGUACAAGAAGUCGAAGCUGCAAUUCACCCACCGCAUGCUGGAGCAGGAACCCGUCAACACAACGGGCGGCCACGUCCGCAUCACCGACUCGACGAACUUCCCCAUUUCAAAGACAAUCGCCGCCGCGCACUUGGACAUUGAGCCCGGCGCCAUGCGCGAAAUGCACUGGCACCCCAACGCCGAUGAGUGGAGCUUCGUCAUCAGCGGCCGCGCCCGCGUCACCAUCUUCGGCGGCAAAGGAAACGCCCGCACGUUCGACUACCAGGCCGGCGACGUCGGCAUCGUGCCCCGCAACAUGGGCCAUUUCAUCGAAAACCUCAGCGACGACGAGCCCUUGGAGAUGCUGGAGCUGUUCCGCGCGGAUAAGUUUCAGGAUUUCUCCCUGUUUCAGUGGCUCGGGGAGACACCGCGGAAGUUGGUUGUCGAUCACCUUUUCGCGACGAGUCCCAAGGCUGCCGAGAAGUUUUUGGAGUCGGUUAGGGAUGCUGAGAAGGAUCCUAUCAAGGAUCGGACGGAGUUUGAGGAUGAGGAGGAGAGAGUUGAACUUUGA